CACCAAGCACUCACUCUCAGCGUUGCAACUUGUUGUUAAAAACAAGUAAAAUAUGGAUUCCAUGGAAUCAAAUAUAACCCAGUCGGCAAAUUACCAUUACCAUUACUACUUCUUCUUCUUCUUCUUCUUCUUCUUCCUCCACCUCUUUUUCUUUCUUUCUACCACAACUUCUUCUCUCCUUGCCAAAUUCUCGGCAACUUUUCCCGGAGGAAACAAUUAUGUCCGACCCCGAAGAGGACCGAGCUCCCGCCAUUUUCCCCAAGUCAAAGAACCUGGACGCCAUGGACUUUGAUAUCGACGUUUCCUGGCCCUUGGAUCAGAUCCAGUUCCUCUCUAAUCCCACCUCCCCGCUUCUCUUCUCCCCCGCCGACGACCCCUGUUCUCCUCUCUGGGCCUUUCCCGAUGUCAAUCAUCAUGACAACCUCGCCGGCGGAGGCCGAGCUCUUCCCGACCCGGCCCAAUUCGUUUCCGAUGCUAAUCCGGUUGUGGAGAAGCCAAGAGAGAACGAGGACAACAGAAUGCUUCCAUCCCCAUUUUUGGGACUGGACCCAAAUCCAGAUGGUUAUUUUCUAAUUAAGGAGAGAAUCACUCAAGCAUUGCGGUACCUCAAGGAGUCGAGUGAUCAACAUGUACUAGCUCAGGUUUGGGCACCGGUGAAGGAUGGAAGUCGGUAUGUACUCACAACCUCAGGGCAACCCUUUGUGCUGGAUCCACAUGAUGGACUUCAUCAGUAUAGGAUGGUUUCUCUGAUGUAUAUGUUUUCUGUGGAUGGGGAGAAUGAUGGAGUGCUUGGACUUCCUGGCCGUGUUUUCCAGCAAAAGAUGCCCGAAUGGACUCCAAAUGUUCAGUACUACUCCAUCAAAGAGUAUCCACGGCUUGAUCAUGCUCAGCACUACAAUGUUCAGGGAACCUUAGCUUUGCCCAUAUUUGAACCCUCUGGGCGGUCCUGUAUUGGUGUAAUUGAGCUCAUAAUGACUUCUCAGAAGAUCAACUAUGCUCCUGAGGUUGAUAAAAUUUGCAAAGCACUUGAGGCAGUAAGCUUGAAAAGUUCAGAGAUAUUGGAUCAUACAAGCACACAGAUCCAGAUACGCAAUGAAGGUCGCCAAAAUGCAUUAACUGAAAUCUUGGAGAUACUGACAAUGGUAUGUGAAACUCAUAAAUUACCACUGGCUCAGACAUGGGUUCCAUGUAUGCAUCGCAAUGUUUUGGCUUAUGGUGGUGGCAUGAAGAAGAGCUGUACAAGCUUUGAUGGUAGCUGCAUGGAACAGGUCUGCAUGUCCACAACAGAUGUGGCAGUCUACAUUGUAGAUGCUCACAUGUGGGGUUUUCGAGAGGCCUGUGUAGAGCAUCACUUACAAAAGGGUCAAGGGGUUGCUGGGAGGGCAUUUUUGUCCCGUAAUGCAUGCUUCUGCAGAGACAUUAGCCAGUUCCGCAAAACAGAAUACCCUUUAGUACACUACGCACGCAUGUUUGGGUUAACCAGCUCAUUUGCAAUCUGUUUACAGAGCACUCACACUGGAAAUGAUGAUUACAUUCUAGAAUUUUUUCUGCCGCCUAGCAUCAGAGACAGUUGUGAACAGCAGACUUUAUUGGGCUCCAUAUUGGCUAUAGUGAAAGAUCAUUGCCAGAAUCUUAAGGUUGCUUCUGGAAUUGGACUUGCAGAGGAAGGAACAGUUGAGAUUGUUCAAGCUUCUAUAAAUGAGGGACUUGACUCAAGACUUGAAUGCAUACAGAUACCCUGUUCCGUGGAGCCACUUCCAGGGUCUUCCUUACCUAACAGAGAAGAGAUGGUGCGCCUAAAUCCAGCAAAACCACAGUUAAUGGUGGACAUUGAUGCUAUUAAUGAUGAGAGGAAUGCAGUUCACAACGGUGGAAAAAACAACAUUUCUGUUCCCGAGAAUAAAGACAUAAAAAAGACAUCAGAGAGGAAGCGUGGGAAAACUGAGAAAUCAAUUAGUCUAGAGGUUCUUCAACAAUAUUUUGCUGGGAGUCUUAAAGAUGCUGCAAAGAGCCUUGGAGUUUGUCCUACCACAAUGAAGCGCAUCUGUAGGCAGCAUGGAAUCUCCCGCUGGCCAUCUCGCAAGAUCAACAAGGUCAACCGUUCUCUCAGUAAGCUAAAGCUUGUAAUUGAAUCUGUCCAAGGUGGUGAAGGAGCAUUUGGUUUGAGUCCUCUUACUACAAGUCCACUUACUGGUGCUGUUGGCUCCAUUUCUCAACCUUAUACAAGCUCUCAACCCUAUGAAGUUCAGGGAGAAAAGAAAGAUUCACCCAGCUCUAGUACACCAGGAAGAGAGGGACAGGCUGGGAUAGAAGAUCCAUUGCAAGAUAUUGGUAAUGGCUCAAACUCAUCCAAAACAGGUAGUGGCUCAAGGGAGGCGAGUACUGGUACCCCUACUUCUCAUGGUUCAUGCCUAGGUAGUCCGGCAAAUGGAAGUGCAAUGGUAAAGGACCCCUUUGUUUCUUCCAUCCAUGAGCAAUUCGUUGAAGUUGAUCGCUCCCCGGAAUCAGCAUUUCGACCACCAGAGGAACUGUAUGUACCAGUUCCGUGCACAAUACCACAUGCUCUCCUCAUGACAGAACCUGAAGAACCAUCUAGAGGAAUGCUACUAGAGGAUGCUGGAAGUUCAAAAGACUUGAGAAAUCUGUGUCCUUUUACCGAUAUAACUGUGCAUGAGCAAGUUCCAGAAGUUUUCUGGACAGACCCCCCAUGUCCUGAUUCGGCUCCUAACCAAUCCAUGUCUACUCUUGCUUACACAAUGCCUCAUAACACAUCUUUACAAGAAAUGAGGAGUGUAACCAUAAAGGCAGCAUAUAAAGAUGAUAUCAUUAGGUUUCGGAUCUCUAUGAGUUCUUGUAUAGUGGAUUUGAAAGAGGAAGUGGCAAAGAGAUUAAAGUUGGAAGUGGGCACAUUUGAUAUGAAGUAUAUGGAUGAUGACCUUGAGUGGGUUCUGAUAGCUUGUGAUGCAGACCUGCAGGAAUGCAUGGAAAUUUGCAGAUCAUCAGGCAGCAAUAUGAUCAGACUCUCUGUUCAUGACAUUCUGUCCAAUCUUGGAAGCUCUUCUGAGAGCACUGAGGAAUGAGGAUUCAAUUGUAGAUAUGUUUAGUUCGUAGAAUCAUUUCUAUAUGAUGCUUAGCAAGUGCCAGGUAGUAGUAGGCAUUGUUUGAUAGAGCUUGCUUCAUUUUUUUUCUUUAAAACGAAAGUGACUGCAUUCUUCAAAUCAUUGUCGAUAUAGUGUUGCUCCC